AUGGAUUCCCUGGCGCUGUUGGGAGCGGGUCGUCACUGGGAGGCCAUCGGGGGCUUCAAGGCCGUGCUGCGGGCACUGCUGGAAGCGGGGCGGUGUGGGGAGGCGGUGGGGGAGCUACAGGCGGUGGUGGCGGCGCAGGGGCAGUACUGGCAGGUGCGCGUGGUGCUGGGACAGGCGCUCAUGGUGGCGGGGCACGUGCACGACACUGAUGCCACCUUGCAGGCCAUGGACGCACGUGCUUGCAACCCUCCAUUCUCCCAUACUCACAUGCUCGCAUGUCUCCAUGCACCCGACGCAUGCCUGCCUCCCACACCACUCGCCAUCCCUCACUGUGCCCUCCCACAUGCCAUUCCCACUGUGCUAUCCCCCACCAUGCUUAUCCCACACCCACAGCACCCCAGCUCCUUGCUGCCCUCUGCUGUCAUUCUUGCACUCCCGACUUUGCCCAUCCAUCUGACCCCGCCCACCACACACCCUCGCCUUUCCCUCUGCGCUCUCCCAUCCCACUCGUGUGUACCUGCCUGUGCUUCCAUGACAGUUCAUAAUCCCAACAAUACCUCCUCCACACCCACCAACCCCCCCAUCUUCCCUUCAACCCCCCAGCCUUUCUCCCUAUCCCUCCCCCACACCACCACUAUGACCACCGCCAAUUCCCAUGCUGGAAGCAUGGAACAAGCGCUAGCCGCCCUCUGUGCUCUUUUCCAGCUAAGAGCUAUGGGCGCAGGACACAGCAGGGGAGGGCGAGGGGGGGUGGGAGGGAGCGGCAGUGCUGUCGCCCGCUGUGCUGCAGCUGGUGGGGGCGCCCUCACAGCAUAUGACUGGCACGGGUUCCUGCCCAACAUGCGCAGGGAGGGUGCUGGGGGCGAGGGGGUAAUGAUGGGAGGGAGGUGGUGA